AUGGAACGUUCUUCUACGCAUAAACGUCCUUUGUUAGAAGAGUCAUCUUUACCUUUACCUGACUCCAAUAACAUCCCUUUGUCUGAAUCACAAGCUAAACGAAUCAGACUUACUCUACCUCCAAUUUCCUCUGCUUUUCCACCGCCAAAUGUCUCAAACUCUUACUCAUCAUACAAACCAGCUUUUACUCCAUCAAUACACGAUAAUAACAACUUUAUUUUACCUCCGUACUCACCAAUGUUGUUGAAUCCACCACAUGAGUUACCUUCGAUUGAUUCAUUAUGUUCGUUACCUCCUUUAACUAAUUUUAUUCAACCAACUGCGCCUCCAGUUAAUCCCAUGUCAGUUUCAGCCAUUCUUUCAAAUGAAGAACCAUUUGCUAGGAGAGCUGAUACUAAUAGCAACGAAAUUGGUCCACUCGAUUAUCGUACGUCGCCAAGUAUGAGCCCUGCUACCAAAGAAUUAUCUUCCUCAUUACCUACACCUCUCAAAGAAGCUCAGGCCAUCAUUGAGGGGAUGAGCGAAAUUGAAAAUAUGCAUAGAAAGCGACGGAUGGAAAGGGAAAAUAACAUUGUUAGAGAUCAAGAUCAGAGUGGAAUCGAAAAUGUUAAUCAAAAUUUCGCAUCCAAUGACAGCGAAGGGGAUGACGGAGUUGAAGGCGAAAAUGAAGGAGAAAACGAAGGUGAAUAUGAUGAGGAAGAACAUGAUGAGGAAGAAAAUGGGUAUGACAAUGAGCUGCAUAGUUAUGAUUAUCAUGAUAAAUCAAGCUUCAUGGAACCACAAGUAGUUGUUGAAAAUGAUGAAACUUUAAACAUGGAAGGUCGAGAGGAACGCCAUCUAGGCCAUGUAAUCUAUAAUCCCAAGGAAAUUUUGCCUCCACUCGAAUUUCAUGAAAACGGACUAUUAGAAAUAUGGAUUGAGUCGAAGUAUUUGACUUGGUUUAAUGAGAAAGUUAGAAAGCACUUUUUAUGGGGCACAGAUGUAUAUAGUGACGAUUCUGAUGUUGUAGCAGUACUCAUCCAUACUGGUCACUAUACCCCUCCUCCGUCUAUAUCUGAAUGGACUCCUAAUUAUCCCAAUCAUGAUUUAUGUGUUACGAUUCGUGUCUUGCCCAAAUUAGUCCAAUAUACCUCAACUGUGCGUGAAGGAUAUAAAAGCCGCUCAUGGGGUAAUCAUCAUGGCGUUAGUUAUAAGAUUGAAAGUGUUCGCAAGAUGAAGAAGGGAGAAGCUAUUGGUCGAUCCAGAGGUAAAGGAAGAAAAGAACGGUUGCGAAGAUUUCACGAAAUGAGAAAGCGAGCAUUUAGUGAAGUUCCUGAUAAUCCGUCCGAUAUAUACGUUCUCGUUUUUAACAAUGAAGGAGAUCCUUGCUAUAAAUAUAAUCAGCACAUGAUGACGGAUGAAGAAGAACUUCGAAAACAGCUCGAGACAAACGUCUUAUAUCUGGAAAACGAUGAAGAACGGUAUGAGAUAUCAUAUCAUGCUGAACGUAGAAAAUAUCGGUUUGCUAUUGUAGCAACAAAUGCAUAUUUAGGAACACGAACAAUUUUCAAAGACCAAGAAGCAACAGUCUUUCCUCUUCAAGGAUCUAACCUGGAUGAAUUGAUCCGCGAUGAUUUAGAGUUGAGGGAAAUGACAUGGAAUGUUGUUGGAGUUAUUGUUGCUGAUAAAACUAACCCACAACAUAGCUUGCUUUGUAUAUCAAAGCGAGUGUAUUGGAGACGCAAAACCGAAUGCAACGGAUAA